AUGAAACUCUCGCGCAUCCAAGAGCAUCGGAACAUGAGAAUUCUACAUCAGAGUCUAGUCGCCGACAUAUCGGGUGUCCGCGAUUUGGGUUCGCAGGUUGAGAUCAUCGACAAUGGCGAUUUGAGCGCUUUCAAUGUCAUGAGCUUGGACGAGCCUGAUAAGUCAUAUGAGAAUGACAUCGACGAAAUGUACGCGGAUGGCGGUGAAGAUGAGAUGGACAUCGAUGAAGGCAUUUCCAUUAUUGAUAGCGCUGAUCUGGACUUGUGGGUGAAGAGGGCUGAGUCUGAUAUGUAG